AUGGCCGGGAAACAUGUGUUUGUUUUAUGUGGAUUACUGCUUUUCAUUUCAAUCCAGAGAACUGUGUCUGUUGACGAGGAAGAGCUCCAUGCCAGUUACUGGAACAACAAAGGGAAGCAAGCGCUUCACACUGCCCUCAACAUUCAGCCUAAUCUCCACCAAGCCAAGAACAUCAUCCUCUUCUUGGGGGACGGUAUGGGACUAACAACAGUUACUGCUGCCCGCAUUCUCAAAGGCCAAAUGGCAGGGCGGUCUGGAGAAGAGACCAGUCUGGUCAUGGAUACCUUCCCUCACCUGGCAUUGUCUAAGACAUACAAUGUAGACCAACAAAUGCCAGAUAGUGCUGGCACAGCCACUGCAUACUUAUGUGGAGUGAAGGCUAACUAUGGCACCUUGGGAGUAACUGCUGCUACCCCAAGGUACAACUGCAGUGCCACCUAUGGUAAUGAAGUCAAAUCUGUGCUGUAUCGGGCCAAGCAAGCAGGAAAAUCAGUUGGGAUUGUGACUACAACCCGAGUGCAGCAUGCAUCUCCAGGUGCAAACUAUGCUCACACUGCCAACCGAGGUUGGUACGCUGACUCGGAUCUCACCUCUGAGGCCGUCGUAAAUGGUUGUCGAGAUAUCUCGUACCAGCUUGUUCACAACGUUGAGAUAAAUGUCAUACUUGGGGGUGGUCGAGUUUACAUGUUUCCCAGAAACAUGCAAGACCCAGAAUAUCCCAGCGUUAAAGGAGAUCGAAAUGAUAGACAAAACCUUAUUGAUGAGUGGCUAAAGACUAAAAAGAACGCGAAAUAUGUUUGGAACAAAAAGCAACUUGAUGCUGUCAAUCCUGUGAAUACAGACUUCCUGAUGGGCCUUUUUGAGCCCAAGGACUGUCGCUAUGAGCUGGAGCGCAAUCCGUUAACAGAUCCAUCUUUAACUGAGAUGACAGAGAAAGCUAUUGAGAUUCUUAGCAAAAACCCAAAAGGAUAUUUCCUUUUCGUGGAAGAUAAUGGAAGAAUAGACCAUGGACACCAUGGCGGGAGGGCCAAAAGAGCUCUCACUGAGGCUAUUGAGUUUGAUCGAGCCAUUGGGCGAGCAGCUGAACUCACAAGUGAGCUGGACACCCUCUCAAUAGUCACUGCAGACCACUCGCACGUCUUCUCCUUUGGUGGCAAUUCACCCAGGGGAAACCCCGUUUUAGGGAUUUCCAGCGACGUUGCUGAGGACAACAAGCGCUUUACAAUUGCUGGAUAUGCAAAUGGUCCAGGGUACCAGUUUUACAAUGGAACUCGUCCAGAUGUAAAUGAGACAAUUUCAAUGGAUGAUAUGUACCGUCAACAGGCUACAGUGCCUCUCAAUUCAGAGACCCACAGCAUCGAGGAUGUAGCCAUCUAUGCCAAAGGUCCAAUGUCACACCUCUUCCAUGGGGUCCAUGAACAGAACUACAUUGCCCAUGUGAUGGCUUACGCGGCUUGUCUGCCGCCUUACGAGGACUGCAAACUCACCCCUCCCAACCACGCUGGAUCCUUCUACCCCAGCCUGCUACUCCUCCUCAUUGGCCUCAUUAUUUUCUCUGGCUUCUCGUUGUAAUUGUGACCGACAUU